GACGUUUCCUUGGGAUGAUCAACUUUUACAGACGUUUUAUUCCGAAAUGUGCAGACAUAGCAAAACCGCUAACUGAUUUAUUAAGGGGACGAGCUAAAUCAUUGACAAUGACACCGCAAGCAAUUCAAGCAUUUGAACAGUUAAAAAGCACAUUAAGCACUGAGGCAUUACUAGUACGUCGAAAGGUUGAUGCACCUUUAGCAGUAAUGACCGAUGCCUCUAAUGUAGCAGUAGGCGCUGUGCUUCAACAACAUGUCGAUCAACAAUGGCAACCCCUUGCAUUUUUCUCAAAAAAGCUUAACGCAACGCAAACAAAAUAUAGCACAUUCGGUAGAGAACUGUUAGCUGUCUACCUAGCCAUCAAGCACUUUCGGUAUAUGUUAGAAGGCAAUUCUUUUACGAUAUAUACGGAUCAUAAACCUCUAACUAAGUCCUUGAUGCACAAUCAUGAUAAAUACAGUCCGCGCGAAAUUCGUCAACUAGAAUUCAUUUCGCAAUUUGCAGCUGAUAUACGAUACAUAAAAGGCAAUGCAAAUGAGGCAGCAGAUGCACUGUCGAGAUUAAGUAUCAAUACCUUCUCGAUCCCUGAUAUAAACUAUCAAGACAUAGCAAAUAUUCAAAAGCUCACUGCUGUUAGCAUCAACAGAGUAAAACCACCGUUUUUAAAGUAUACUGAAAAAAACACAACCAUAAAACGGUCUAAACCUGCAUCAGAGCAAGCACCAUACAGACUAACCGCAACAAACAUUACUUCACUCCGAAGUACGCCAACAACAGAAACCACAACAAGAUCAGGAAGAAGAGUACACUGGCCAGAUAGGUAUGUAGCAACCACCAUAUUUAUCUAGACCAAGUCCUGAGAUUGCUCUUAUAACACAAAAAUCCUUCUUUAUUUUCAUUACUAUAUUUUAUUGGCCCC